CUACUUGGCAUUUUUCUGCAACACUUUUUAACAACACUUCUCUUGUUUUUCAUCUUUCCCCCCAAAUCUCUGAUUUUUCUCAAUCCAAAAUUUCGAAACCCUAGAAAUCAUCUCUAAUCCAAUUCAAGAAGAUGAAGAUAAUGGUAGCAAUUAAGCGUGUCGUCGAUUAUGCCGUCAAAGUUCGAGUUAAACCUGAUAAGAGUGGGGUGGAAAUGAAGAAUGUGAAAAUGUCGAUGAAUCCGUUUUGUGAGAUAGCUCUAGAAGAGGCGCUUCGAAUUAGGGAGGCUGGGUUGGCGUCGGAGGUGGUGGCAGUGAGCAUGGGACCAGCGCAGUGUGUGGAUACUUUACGAACGGGUCUAGCCAUGGGUGCUGAUCGAGCUAUACAUGUCGAAUGGUCUUCAGCGGAACGUCUGUACCCUUUGAAUGUUGCCAAGUUGCUUAAGGCUCUUAUUGAUGAUGAGAAGCCGGGGCUUUUAAUCCUUGGCAAACAGGCUAUUGAUGAUGAUUGCAACCAAACGGGACAAAUGGUGGCAGGACUGCUUAAUUGGCCCCAAGGGACAUUCGCAUCGAAGGUUGUGCUAGAUAAGGAGAAACAAACAGCAACUGUGGACAGAGAGGUGGAUGGUGGAAUUGAAACACUAUGUUUAGACUUACCAGCCGUCAUAACUACCGAUUUAAGAUUGAACCAGCCCAGAUAUGCUACACUUCCCAAUAUAAUGAAGGCAAAAUCGAAGCCGAUAAAGAAAGUGACUCCUGAGGAUCUGAAUGUCCAAAUAAGAUCUGAUAUGGAAGUGGUGGAAGUUUCUGAACCUCCAAAGAGGAAAGCAGGGGUCAUAUUAUCUUCGGUGGAUGAGCUGAUAGACAAGCUUAAAAAUGAAGCCCGAGUUAUCUGAUUCUCUCUUAUUUCGACAUAUAUAUGCCAAUGCUAUAUAUGGUUCAGAUUCUCCCAAGUUGCACAUGUUCCCUAUUGAGAGUUACAGGAAACUGAGAAUAUGUGGGCAGAAUAACUCUAUUCUGUAUAAUGUAUUUAUGUAUGUAUGUAUAUUUUCUUAUAAAUAAAAUUGAUCAUAUUUUCAAAAGCCAA